UCUUUAUUUAUCAUAGAUCAAAUUAGACAUCGCUCAUUCAUAUUCUUGGGUUCCCUUGGCUCCGAUCCUCAUUCAAAUUUCCGACUCCACCACUGAAAAUACAAUAAUCCCCACAACCUCUACUUAAAGUCGAGAUUACGAUAAUUACUUGAAAUGAAUGGUUAUAGUUAUCAUAUCAAAACCUAAUAUACUUUUUUCGGGUCAUUAUAUUUCAAAGAAAUUAUCCCAUUCUUGUACACUAUGAAGUACAAAGCCCACUUAAACUAUCACAAUUCCUAAUACGAUUCCUUUAAUUGCUCUAAAAAUAAUCAAAAUUUCCACUCUUAGCUUGUACAUAAAAAUAGAAACUUUAUCAUGUAUAUCUAAAUUAGUAUAAGCCAAUGUUGUCAGAACCGAACCGGAGCAUGACCCGGUAAUGCGAACGGCUCUAACUUUAGUGGUCCAACCGGCAUUAGACCGUUUAAAAACCGUUAGAGAACCGGUACCUAAUAAACGUUAUCAGUAUAAAUAGUGGACAUUUCUUAAUCAGAGCUCGUCUCUUUCCUUCGAUAUUGUGAAAUGGAAAUAAGGAUUCGGUUUGAGAGCCCAACGUUUUUGGUUUAUUUCAAUUUUCUGCUAUUUUUUUUAAAAUUUAAUGGCUCAUGGCAAAAACCGGACGGGCGGCUCGAUCGGCUCGAGCGGUUAAGCGGCUCGGCCGCUCGUCAACCGCUACAUAAAACUGAAGUUGCUUUUAGACUGUUUCGAGUCGGUUUUGUGACCAGGUGGCUGUUUUACCGGUCGGGCCGAGUCUGCUAACAACCGUUAUUUCAAUUUUCUGCAAUUUUUUUUAAUUAAAUUUAAUGGCUCAUGGCAAAAACCGGACGAGCGGCUCGAGCGAUUAAGCGCCUCGGCCGCUCGUCAACCGCUACAUAAAACUGAAGCGACUUUUACACUGUUCCGAGCCAGUUUUAUGACCGGGUGGCUGUUUUACCGGUCGAGCCGAGCGGCUCGGUUCUGCUUUAUUAACACUGAGGGGCUUGAUCAAAGCUGAUGUGAGUAUGAUAAAAUUCAAAAUUUCUAAGUACCAGAAAAUAUAUAAUGAGAUGGAAUCUUUUCAUUAAUUAUCUAAUUUAUUGUCCCCCCUGAAAUGAAAGUUGUUUGCAUGGGGGCCUUUGAUUACGACAUGGUACUGCUCUCGAACUGUUGACACUAGCUCAUGUGUACAGUCACAGUGUAGAAUAGAAAAAUACAGCAAUAAAAUUUAGAAUCACAAUAACGUGCCCAUUUUAACCAAUUUUUCACCAUGUCUCUCCUAUAAGUGGCGGGCGGUUGUCAUCAAUCAAGCCCUCCAAAAAGUUCUAACCCACUCAAUAGCCACGAUGGACCUGCAGAGUGCUUUCCAAGACAUCUCCUGCUAUCUCUUCCUCCCUUUAUUUUCCUUCUACUUAGCCCACCUAGCGCUCAAAUCCACAACCACCGCCCGCCGCCUCCGCCGGAAACUUCCUCCGAGCCCACCGUCGGCGCUCCCGAUCCUCGGCCACGUCAGCCUCCUCAAACCCCCAAUCCACCGCACCUUCCACGCCCUCGCACAAGACCUCGGCCCCAUCUUCUCCCUCCGCCUCGGUAGCCGCCUCGCCGUCGUAGUCUCCUCCGCCUCCUUGGCGGAGGAAUGCUUCACCAAAAACGACGUCGUCUUCGCCAACCGCCCCGAACUCAUCAUGUCCAAGCACAUCGGCUACAACUACACCACCAUGACCCAAGCCCCCUACGGCGACCACUGGCGCAACCUCCGCCGCAUCGGCUCCGUCGAGAUCUUCUCCGCCCACCGCCUCAACGCCUUGCUCCCCAUCCGCCGCGAGGAGGUCCGCCGCCUCGCGUCCAGGCUCGCGGCGGCCGGCCGCCGAGUGGUGGAGCUGAAGUCGGCGUUUCACGAGCUGACGUUCGACACCAUGAUGAGGAUGGUGGCGGGGAAGAGGUUCUACGGCGACGGCGACGAGCAGGCCAGGGAUUUCAGGGAGGUGAUCAAGGAGGUGGUGUCGCGUAGCGGCGCGACGAACCCGGGUGAUUUCGCGCCGGUGCUGAGGUGGCUUGACGGCGGGAAGUUCGAGAAGACGGUGGCGGGGCUGGCUCGGAGGACGGAUUCGUUCUUGCAAAAGUUGAUCGAGGAGCAUAGGAGCAACAAAGAAGGGUUGGAUAUUGCGAAUACCAUGCUUGACCAUUUGCUCGCGCAACAGGAGUCUGAGCCGGAGUAUUACAGUGACAAAAUUAUCAAAGGCCUUAUUCUGGUGAUGUUGUUAGCAGGAUCGGAUACUUCAGCAGUGACUUUAGAAUGGGCGAUGGCAAAUCUUCUCAAUCACCCCGACAUAUUGGUCAAGGCGAGAGAAGAGCUCGACAAGCAAAUUGGCGAAGAACGCUUGGUGGACGAGGCCGAUAUUUCCAGCCUCCCUUAUCUUCGGAACAUAAUUUCCGAGACCCUUCGAUUGUACCCAGCUGCUCCGCUCCUUGUCCCUCAUGUGUCCUCCGAGGAUUGUGUGGUUGGAGGGUACCAUUUGCCGCGUGACACAAUGUUGUUGGUCAAUGCAUGGGCUAUCCACAGGGACCCUAAUCUUUGGGACGAUCCCACUAGUUUUAGACCCGAAAGGUACGAAAAUGGAGGGAAGGAAAGCUAUAAGCUGAUACCUUUUGGGUUGGGUAGAAGGUCCUGCCCUGGCGCAGGCCUUGCCCAACGAGUUGUGGGAUUUACUCUUGGGACAUUGAUCCAGUGCUUUGAAUGGGAAAGAUCCGGCGUGGAAGAACUUGACAUGAAUGAAGGAAAAGGAAUCACGAUGCCUAAAGAGAAGCCAUUGCAGGCCAUCUGCAUAAAUCGUCCAAUUGUGAACAAGUUUAUUUGUUGAAGAUAUUAAGACAACAAAAAUCAAGACUUAAACUAGGUUUAAUUGACAUGCUUUAAUUUUUUUUAGUUCAUGUAUGGGCAUUGUGAAGGAGCAACACUGCUGACAACUGGAUAUAAUAGACAAAAUGAUAGGAAGAGUUCUUAGCUUGUUGUGUAUUGGGAAGGUUUCUCCUUGUAAUCUUAGUUCCCUUUUCAGGGAAGGAAAUCAGUUGGUUGAAGGCUUGCACAGCUCAUGCCAAGGUAUUUUAAACCAAUUUCAUAAAGGUACUAGUUGUUGAUAAUUGACAUCCACAUUGCAUAAAUUCAUAAUACUCUCUCUUGGAUGUUUAUAGAUCUAAAACAUGCAUCACUAAUCAUGCUAGAAAAUUCCAAAUAGGAGAAAACCUAAGAAGGAAAAGUAUACAUGAUUCUUGUGUUACGCUUUUGUAAAUUGGCUCAUUAAAAAUCUUAAAGGAAAAUAGUUGGGAAAUUUGUUAAAGGAAAAGGAAUGCAGUUCAUGGAGCACUUUUGACAUUAGUGCACAGACUAUCCAGAGGGACCCUAAUCUUUAGACGAUCCCACGGGUUUUAGGCCCGAAAGAUACAAAAAUGAAGAGAAGUUCCGAGGUCUUCGUUUCAAUAGAUGAAUACCAAAGAACUCAUCCCCAUGACUGGCUAAGUUAUUUAGUUGCGAAGGUAUAUAUGUGAUCCCUAGGAGUUCUAACCAUGUAAAAAUUGAUAUUUGGUUUAAUACGAUUGAUUUUAUUUAUAUGUGUUGAUGGGUGAUUUUCUCUAUUUUGUUAUUUGUCGAUUUUAAUGAGAGCUUAGUCGACCUUGAACUCCUUCGAGGUGCAAUGAUUGAAAUCCAAGUCUCUUAGGAUUAGACUAGAAAUGGCGGCCCUAUUCGAUCGAACAAUGUGACGUCUAAAGGGAGAAAUGCGAAGGGUCAUUGUUGCCCAUUAGUAAAGGUAAAUGCUUCCACAUAAGGUGGGAUCUAACAAAAUAAGAAAUGGACAGCUUGUAUGCCACUAAUUAGGGAUGCAUGGUUAGAAGACCUAAGGGGAGCGCGCCUAUGCAAUCGUUUCCUUCUUCGAUCUUCAUUCGUCUAUUAAAGUAAAUUUACUUUUCUACACUACAUUCUUGUUUAAAUCUUACGUUCUGCAAAAACUGGAGGCACCUCAACCUCUUAAAUCGUCUCUUCUUCUAUAGAACCGUACAUCAAUUCCAAAGUAAGGGCUAUGUUAGAGACCCUAGAGAAAUAUGAUCCUGGCCUUAGGACCAGUAAAUUUGACUUUGUUCUUCAAUAUAUCACAUACCAUAUGCCUCUAAACUAAUUUUGUCAACUAAUUUCUUCUUCACACUGAUUUCAACAUAGAUUCUAGCAAGUCCAAGCCUAGUCCCGUGACUCGUAGGUUUAUCCAUACACAUAGGCUUACCCAAAAUGCCCACAAUCCUUCUCAAUCCUAAUCUAUUCGGCAAUUACGUUGGGAGCGCUAAGACCGUGAUUCAAAUCAGAAUAGCAAAGUUGUUAGAUUUUCAGUACUUGCAUUCUUGGUUCCCAUUUUUGAUGGCAUAAUAUGUUAUAUUUAAAGUGUCAACCCCCUCCCUCAUCUAAUACCCAUCUACAAACAUCAGUAGAAGGGAAAUGAAAGAGAACUAACUGGUCCUCCAAUAGGGAAACCGUUAUCUCUCUAUCCCCAUAAUAAGUUUGCCCAGUGGCAGAGUGAAGAUACUAAUGGUAGUAACAAGAACCGACCCACUAGACUGUGAACCCACCACUUCACCUCUUCCUCAACAACUUAUCUAGGUACCCACAAAGAGCCAUUGAUGAAUUCCGGUUCAUAAAAAUCCAACCGACAAUCCUUAGUAACAUUCGUUUUAAGUCGUAAUUUCAUUUUUUCACAAAUUAAUCAGAUUAAUUGCG